AUGCAGCAGCCUGGACAGGUCGCCCCAGGCCAGCCAGGCCAGCAGAUGAUGUUUAAUCCUCAGCAGUUUGCUGCAAUGGGUGGCCAGGCACCAUUUGCUCCCGGUGGCCCCAAUGCUGGCAUGAUGCAAGGCCCAGGACCUGGUGGCAUGGUGCAGAACCCCGCGAUGGCCCAGAUGGGAGGCGGUGGACAGAUGCCAGGAUUUCAGCAAGGUGCUUUUAUGAACGCGCAAUACCCGGCUGGGCACCAGCAAUUUAACCCGAACUUCAUGGCUGCUCAAGGAAUGCCAGCCGGAUACCAGAUGACGGCUGCUGGGCUCGCGGCACAGCAACAACAGAUGCUUCAGCAACGCAUGGCGGCCCAGCAGCAAGCUGGUGGUGGCAUGACACCAACCGGCACUCCCCAACGCCCUAUGAGCGCCUCUCAGAACACCCCGAACCCGAACAUGCCAACACCGCCCCAGCCUCAAACACCCCAGCAAGAACCAGCAAUAUCCUACCCCCAGCCCGGAUCUCAGUCCCACACGCCGACCGCCCAAGGCCCGAAUGCAACCAUCUCGACUCCCCAAACCCCGACCUUCCCCGGCGGACAAGGUAUCGGUGCAAAUGCGAUGCAAGUUCCCCUCAGCCCCCAGUUUACCGCUGUUGAGCGGGAGCGGUUCUCGAUCCUUCUCGAUAUCAAUCAAGAACUUCUAUACGAAUCAAUGCAGUUGCAGCAUACCCAACUGGAACUGAAGAAGGAACUGACGGGCCCGGAGGGUUCGUCGGACGCGGAAAAGAAGAGGGUAGAGGAGGUGUCUCAGGACUUUACACAAUGUCUGCGACGCCUCAACGCAAACCUCCAGUAUCUCGCUGCUCUGGCUGACCGCAAGAAUAAGCUACCUCCAUGCCCAGUCAUUAUCAGCGCCCCGCCUCUUAACAUGAGUCUCGAUAUCAAGUAUCUCCCGGAAGGCACCGAUGGGGCCGCCAAUACCCCAGCCGAUCCUGUCGCGGACCGCCAAGAUCGGAACAAGUAUCUGCAAGAGCUUUACGCGAAGCUUCAGGCCCUUUUCCCCGGUAUCGACCCGAAAAAGAACCGGCUUUCCCCAUACAGAACGCGCGACCGGGCGGUCCGCAACCCGGCCAGAUGCAGCAGAAGGGGUCGAUGGGCAGUCAAGUCGGAUCUGGCCGAGAUAGAGACUUGGUACUUGAACCGCUUCUUGGCCAUGCCGUCGUUUAUAGCUCUGUUCGAGCCUGGGCACGCGGCAGAAGUCAUGCCCGCUCUCUCGCCAUCAAUGAAGGAGUAA